AUGCAUCCCUCUCUAGGAUUUAUUCUUUCACUCGCAGUUGCAGCUGUUGCUACCCCCUCCCACCCCGAGAGACGUACUGCCCGCCACUCUUCCCCUGAUGGAUGCUUGACGGUUGGAAAGGGGGGCAAGUUUCACAAAGUGCAGGAUGCUGUCGAUGCUCUCGACAAAUCGAACCCCAAGUCACAGUGCAUCUAUAUUGCCAAGGGCAAAUAUCAGGAGCAAGUCACCAUCGAGAAAAUUGCAUCACCCUUGAUCAUCUAUGGCGAGACCUCUGACACCAGCGACUACAACUCCAACGCCGUCACGAUCACCCAGGGCAGGAGUCAGGAUAACUUUAAGAACGAAAAUGAUAAGACUGCCACACUUCGGGCUCACACCCCCAACUUGAAGGUGUACAACAUCAACUUGGUGAACACGCGCGGUGCAGGCUCCCAGGCGCUUGCUGUCAGUGCCAGCGGCGACAAGCAAGCCUAUUACGCUUGCCAACUCAUUGGUUACCAGGACACUGUCCUCGCCCAAACCGGCAAGCAGCUCUACGCAAAGUGCUACAUCGAGGGAGCUACGGACUUCAUCUUCGGCGAAGAGGCUUUUGCUUUGUUCCAUGGCUGCACUAUUGGCGUCCUUCCUAAAGAGAAAGGAAAAGGACAUAUCACUGCCAAUGGGGCUGAUGAUGAGUCGAACAAAUCAAUCUUCGUGAUCGAAAAUUCCAGUAUAGCCGCCGCCCGAGACAAGUCGGUCAAAGAUGGUAGUUACACCCUCGGUCGCCCGUGGGGUCACCAUGCUCGUACUGUAUUUCAGAACUGCGACUUGUCCGCGGUCAUCAACGAAGUGGGAUGGAGUACUUGGAACGAUAAUGACCCAAGAAACGACUACGCCUUCUUUGGUGAGUAUGGUAACACCGGGAAGGGUGCACUCGGCAAGAGGCCUAAAUGGGUCAAACAGCUGAAAAAGCCCAUUGCCAUUACUGAGGUCUUGGACAAGGACUACAAGAGCUGGACUGAUGCUAGCUACCUUGGUUAG